AUGUCUCCCCUCGCCAAACUCUACCUUAUCGCCUGCUGGUCGUACAUCAUCUCCUUCCACCGCGGGGACCAGUUUGCUCGCGCCGCCAAGGUCCAGGGACUGAAGAGUCGGGCGGCGUUCAAGCUGUUGCAGAUCAAUGAGCGGUAUCGACUGUUUAAGCCCGGUAUGACCGUGGUGGAUCUGGGGUUUGCUCCCGGGAGCUGGAGUCAGGUUGCCGUUGACCUGACAAAACCUCGCGGCCGCGUCCUGGGCGUGGACCUGCUCCCCGUCCAACCACCCAAGGGGGUGUCGACGAUUCAAGGCGACUUCCUGUCCCCGGACAUCCAAGCCGAGAUCAAGUCCUUUCUGCGCGACCCGGAACGAGGCCGCCUCCGCCGACCGCUCAUGCUAGGAGGCUCGUCCGAGGCUCCAGAUGGCGGAGAGUUUGACCAGGCAGUGCUGGAAGACGAGGCCACCGGGUAUCUGGACCGCGAGAGUCAUGAGAAGACACUCCCUGAGGAAGAGUUGCGAGACCGAGAACACCUGGACAAGUCCGUCGACGUGGUGCUGAGCGACAUGUGCGAACCCUGGGACCCGCUCGACGGGCUGUACAAGAAGAGCAUCAGUAACCCUUAUCGCAGGUUGAUGAACACGAGCGGAAAUGCCUUUCGCGAUCAUGCCGGAAGUAUGGACCUCUGCAGAGCCGCGCUGCGCUUCAGCUACGACACGCUCAAAGUCGGCGGCCACUUCGUGUGCAAGUUCUACCAGGGAGUCGAGGACAAGGCCUUGGAGAGGAGCCUGAAGGCCCUGUUCCACAAGGUCCACCGCGAGAAGCCCGAGAGCUCGAGGAGCGCAUCCCGAGAGGCGUAUUUCGUGGGCAUCAAGCGGCUGGCCAAGGCUGAUCGGGACGCCGUGUUUGCUGAGCCGUCGUGA